GUUUCAAAAUCCUUUCUCCCACUGUUUAUCUUCUCUCAAAGCUCCGUCUCUGCACAAAGUUCAUGGCUGAUCCAAGCACAAGCCCACCAAUAAUAAUGGAGUCGAAGCCCUUGCACCCUCUUCACCAAAUCGCCGAAACACCGACCCACAAGCUUCUUCUGAAGCAAUGGCUCAAGGAAGAAGAACUAAUCCUCAGAAGAAUCGCCCUCAAAGAAACCCAGAUCGACUCUGUCCGAAGCGAAAUCACCAUGCUUUACAUCUUCUUCUUCGUCUUCCACUCCACAGCUUUGGUUCUCCUCUUCAACGCCUCCUCUAGAGACCCAGUUGCCAACAAGUUAGCCUGCCACAGGUCAUGGAUCCCUUCACUCUGUUCUAUUCUGUUUUCGCUCGGAAUCAUUUGGGCCGUGAGGUACAAGACCGACGUAGAGGUCCACCUGGAGAAGCUACUGGAGAGGGAGAAGGAAGAUGGGAAGCUAUUGGCAAAGUGUGUGGAAGAACUGAAGAAGAAGGGGGUCGAAUUCGACUUGCUGAAAGAGGUGGACGCCCUCCGGAGGGCCAAAAGUCUGCGCGUCGAGACCAAGGCGGUCAGGAAGUGGUCGGCGAGGGACUUUGUCACCCUGUUCUUCUUCGCCAUGUCUUGCCUUGUUCUUGCAAUCACAAGGGUUAUUUUGUGUGAUUAAGCUUUUUGCUUAAUUGGGAGGGGAUUAGUUUGGAUAUUUUUUGUUUAUGGUGGGGGAGGUGGAAAAAUGGUGAGUGCAGAAUACUCUGUUCCGCUCUUGCAGUUAAGAGGAAAAUUAUAUGGCAAAGUUAUGAAAUCAAUAUUUCCUUUCGUUUUA